AUGGCAGUAUGUCUAUCAAAUCCCUUCCGUACGCGGAUCCUCAAUGGCGAAAUUACGCCUCUACUAUCAAUCAAAUUCUGUACGGGAAAUGAGAUGGCCAUGAUGUGCAAAAUGGCUGGCAUUCAUGGAAUGUUCAUUGAUAUGGAGCACUCUUCUAUGGAUAUGCGUGCCGUUGCCCAACUCAUUCUUGCUUGCAACUAUGUCGGCAUCUCACCCGUUGUUCGCUCACCAUCCAAAUCCCACUGGCACAUCAGCCGCAUACUCGACGCCGGUGCUGCCGCUGUGGUCGUUCCUCAUAUUGAAAGUGUCCAAGAGGCCAAAGACCUUGUCAAAUUCGCCAAAUUCCCUCCUCAUGUUGAUAUUGCAGAGGAAAUCUUUGCGAUUGAUGGCGUUGAUGGUAUUUUGAUCGGCUCAAAUGAUCUAUGCACCGAUCUAGGUAUUCCGGAGCAGUACGACAGCCCUGUAUAUCAAGAUGCUGUGACUAAGAUCAUAGAAGCUGCCAACAAAGCUGGAAAGCCGGUAGGAAUUGGCGGUAUUGGAGGAAGAUUAGAUCUGUUGGAGAAAUGGUUUAAGAUGGGAGCUACUUGGUCUUUGAGUGGACAGGAUGCAGGCAUCCUGMAAGCCGGGAUGAAGCAGAUCAGCAGGAACUAUGCUCAAAUCAAAGAAAACAUACAGGGUGCCAACGGCUUAUCAAAUGAGAAAAUCACACAUGGCACCCACUAA